CCUUUCUUGCGUUUUCUUGCAUCUUCUUGCCGUUUAUUGUGUUUGUGGAGAUUCUUGGAUUUAUUUAAAGUCAAUGAGCAAGAUUAAGGGACUUAAAGCUUUUAUUGGUUUGAUUACUCAUGGACGACAUUCUCAGAAUACGAUCUUGUCAAGCGCAAACAGGACUUCAUCUUCCUCUUAUCAAUGUCUGGUUAGAUCCGUUACAACUUCAGAGCACACAAAUGGGAAGAUAUCAGCAACAGUUGCUUCUGAUGAGAAAAAUGGGACAGGGGAUUCAGAUCAGACUGCUUCUCAAAAGCCUGUUCGAGGAGGGCCUGUCUCAUGGUUGAGCCUUGUUUUGCUUAUUGUCACUGGAGGAGGAUUGAUAGUUUACUAUGACAAAGAGAAGAAACGACACAUUGAAGGACUGAAGACUUCAUCAAGUACUGUGAAACAGGGACCAUCUGUGGGAACUGCUGCUAUUGGUGGUCCAUUCAAGCUUGUGAACCAUUAUGGCAAAACGGUUACUGAAAAGGAUUUUCUGGGGAAGUGGACACUGAUAUACUUUGGAUUCACAUAUUGCCCUGAUAUUUGUCCUGAUGAACUCCAGAAAUUGGCUGCUGCUGUUGAUAAAAUAAAAGCAAAGUCAGGGAUGGAAGUUGUACCAGUUUUCAUUUCAGUUGAUCCUGAGAGAGACAAUGUUGAACAAGUCCAUGAAUAUGUGAAAGAAUUUCACCCAGACUUGAUAGGCUUAACUGGUACAGCAGAUGAGAUAAGACAAGUUGCUCGUGCUUUUCGGGUCUAUUACAUGAAGACAGAGGAGGAGGGUUCUGACUACCUCGUCGACCACUCUAUUGUUAUGUACUUGAUGAAUCCGAACAUGGAGUUUGUCAAAUUUUUUGGCAAGAAUUAUGAUGCAAAUGCACUCACAGAAGGCGUGAUUAAAGAGAUCAAAGCCGGCUGACAUUUUUUUUUUUGUCCCCCGACAUGUUUACCUAAAGUGGAUAUGUCAAUUUUGCCAUCUUAUAUUUUAACAAAUCAGAUGUAGUAAAUAUGAUGCUAAAUUAACUUAAUGGAGAAUGAAGUGUCGGUCAUUGUUGUGCUCAUGA